AUGGUUGGCGCAGUACCCCCUUUCGUUCUUGCCGUUAUUUCCAUCGUGUUACUUGGUUCAGUUGCUUUGAUGAUCAUGAUAUUACCUGCUCCGUAUUCCCGUGCGGGUGCAGGAUGGGUGCGCGAACAGUCCGACGCCAUGCAGCGGCUUAAUCUGGGAUCUCGUGAUCCCCGAACUGUUGCCGAUGCUAUUGGGAAGGGAUGGUUUCAGGCUGCCCUUAGCCUGGCACCUACGCUCAGCGUUUCCGGUUGGGCCGUGCCCUACCUACUUUUCAAGUUAGCUGACGAAAGUUUGCAUGGAACUGACCUUGACCUGUUCAUAAAUAAUGAAACACAUGAUUACAGCCGGGAAGACCUUGACCUUUGCAAAAUGUACCACAGACAAGUUAAUGAAGCCCGUAAUUCAUCAAAAAUAUACGAUAUAUGGCUGCAAUCCCGGGGAUUUGAGAAGGCUGCACCUCAGGCACCUCCAGUUCCAUCGUCUCGGAUCGCUGAGAGGAAACCUCCGUACAACGCUUAA